UCUUACUCAACACGUAUCUAUUUGUGAGAAAGUCACUCUCAAUUGUAUCCUCAAACCAUAUGGCUGUAAUGAACAGGUAUUUAAGAAGCUCUUAUUUUAACUUUAUUGCUCAUGAAAAAUCCUAUUUUUUAGUUUCUUCGUAUGAACAUACGAGACCAUUUUCUGAGUCAACAACAUCAAAAUGUUUUACUUCGAUUUCUUACCCAGAAUAUUCAACAUCCAAUAAAUGAUAAAGAGGAUGAGUCAACGAUGUCUUGUCAUACAACAAUAACUACUUAUGGAGGAGUUGAUGAGACUUCUCAUGUUAGUCUUCAACAAUUAUUUGAAACAAUGGAUAUUCUAAUUGGUGGUCUUAAUGUGAUAAAUGAUGAUACUCAACGUCUCACUUCGGAGUCAUUUCAGUAUCAACAUUCACUACAAUCCGUGUCCGAAGACGCAUCAAAAUUGAAAAUCGCUAUUGAAGCAACUCAUUCAUCGAUAAAUGCUCAUAGAACCAAUCAACAAAUACUUGAAGAAAGUCUCAAUUCCUGUAAGCAACAGCUUGAUGAUCAAAAGAAUAUUUCCAUUGAUGGUACACUUCUAUGGAAAAUUACGAAUCUUCAACAAAAAAUAGAUGAUGCUCAGUGUGAACGACAGACAUCUAUUUACUCUCCAAUAUUCUAUUCAUCGCCAAGCGGUUAUAAAAUGCGACUUCGUCUCUACUUAGCUGGUAAUGGCAACGGUAGGCGUACUCAUAUGUCUCUUUUCUUUGUACUCAUGCGUGGAGAGUAUGAUGCUAUCCUUCAUUUUCCGUUCAGUUUCAAAGUAAUAUUCAUUCUUCUGGAUCAAACAUCGCAACAACGACAUAUUUUUGAUUCAUUUCGGCCUGAUGUAAAAUCAAAUAGUUUUCAAAGGCCUCAUUCAGAUAUGAACAUUGCUUCUGGUAUACCUAAAUUUGUGCCUCUGACAAUAAUCCAACAAGAUAACAAUCCAUAUGUUGUUAAUGAUACUAUGUUUAUCAAAACUAUAAUUGACUUUGGCGAUAUACCGAAACCGUCUUUACCAUACGCAUUAAGUCUCAAUCCAGGUUUACCAAUUCUAACUCAACGUGAACUGCUUAAACGAGAACUCGAAAAAAGAGCACAAGAAAAAUUAUCAGCUACAACUGAUUCACCUACAUCGAUUAAACAUGAUGUCAGAACCAAUAGAAAUGAGACUGCUUUGAGUGCAACAUGUAUAUAUGAUUCUGGUGCUAAAUUAAUUAAUGAUCAUACAAUAAUUUACUCCGGUUUAUCAUCUGAUAACAAGACCAGAAACGCAUAUGGAGUGGCAAUUUAUCUUGCUCAGACAGCCACAAAGAUUAAACUUAAAUUUUCUCAAAUUAAUAUAAUUGUUAUCGCUGUUUACUCACCGGUGUAUCCAACAAAUACACAGAUGGCUGAUGAAAGUGAUAAAUUCUAUGCAGAUUUACAAGAUACCGCAAAAAUGAGAAUUGAAGGUGAAUUACCGGAUAGUUUCUUAAUUGAAACUGGAGUUCAACAAGAUGGUAUACCAUCACCAAUUCUGUUUAACAUUUUAUUUGAUUUUAUUAUCAGAAAAGUUACAGAAGAGGCUGGUAUUGGUGAAGUCAAAUUUUCUUAUGGUAGUAAUGAUUUUUUUCAUGCCAAACGGAAAACUACGAAAAUUUUAACAUCUUGA